AAUGGCGCCAUUCUGAGAUUUGCGAUUGUAGGACGCGGAUGCAAAGUGCAUAGUAAAUAAUAAAGUUAAUGUGCCAAAAACAUAAGUGCUCAAGUGGAAAUAUGAAGUUCAGUUGGCGCGCGUCUGAUGCAACAAAACGGAGAGACAAAGAGAGCCAACAAGAAGGAAGCGAAGCGACGCGUAAAGUUAACGGUUAUAACCACAAACCGCGUGCUUGCUUGUUUACCUUUUCACGCAUUGCCGCAAGUGGGAGAUGCAAAAGAGUCGGGAAAUGGAGACGUUGGACGCGAGUCCAAAUCAAAAGCAAAUCUUGUUACGACAAAUUUCAACUACUGUGCGACCGGGUGAAACAAAGGCCAUCGUCAGCGAUGUCGAGACGAAGGAAGCGUCCAGCGGGAUCGGGAAACGAACAUAUCUGACAUUAUUUCCAAAUCAACGAGGGAUGGAAAUUAAGCCGAAAAAAGAGAAAACCCUGGGGAAGUUGUUUCUUGGACCAAUUGAAACAGGAUUUUCCGUAAGACGCUGUCGCAGGACUUCACUCGAUUUCCGUUGCGUGCACUUUUGCGGCCGGCUUUUCCAUUUUGCGCAUGGUAAUGGAGCUGGCCAGGAUAGCUGAAAUCCAGGCCGCAGAAGCCAUGACCGCACUUUUAAUCAAAGUGAAAACUAUGAAAAUUUAUAAAAUAAUUCUCGUAAACGAGCUGGGGGAAAAGAAGGCGACCUAAGCAUGCAAAAACCGAAUUUGUGCAAGGACCUGUCACUGCAGCCCUCAAAAAAGGCCAGCCACACCCCAGAAACCAAACAUGCUCUGAUACAAGGACCUCGAUCUCCUUACCUCCUACUCCACCCACCGCCCCCCAUCCUCUUCCCACCCAUCAGACCUCACCCUCGAGCUCCUGCUGCAGCUUGUGUUUGUGUUUGUGUUUGGAUUUUCGGUUGCUCGGGGGUUUUUGGCGAACUGCGAGCUGGGAGCUGAGAACUGGGAAACGGGAAUUGGGGGGACUGGUUACCGCCCCCUUUGUGUGUGGAUAUUUGCAUGAUAUAUGCAGUUAUAAUAAACCACAAGAGCUGCUAAAGCAACAGCAGCCACAGCCAACUGGACGAGGACGAGGAUGAGGAUGAGGAACAAGGCACAGGAGGUCCUGGCCAGGACCUGGCAAACAAAUGCCCAGGCUCAACGGUGCGUAUGAAGGCAAAUGGCAAACAGGAGCCACCAUAACACUAGCCAGCCAAAGGACCACCAAACUGCAACUGCCGAUCGCAUUUUGGACAUACAUAAAUUACCCCGCCAGGUGGAAUAUCUUUGGAAUGGCAUUGAAACUUGCUGGCAGGGAUGGAUGCAUCUUUGUUUUCAGUACUGCAAACGGUUUUCUUUUUUGCCGAAUUAUUUUAUCAAUCUAGGAAGCACUGACAUAUACAGCAACGAGUUUAGUUUGGGUCUGUCAACGGAGGGGGAAUUAUUCUCAGUUACAAUAGGUCAACGAGCCGAGCAACAUCUGUGCUGUGUAAAGAAAAAAAAAAAAAAGUUAAUAAUUUAAACUUCUAACAAUAAUGAGUUCUUCGGAAAACGACAAAACCGCGAGUGCUACUAAUAGUCUCACAGAUAAUGGGACUGAAGACAACAUGCAGAGCUCCAAUUCGCUGGUCGUUCGGAGCAGACCAGUUUCAUUAUUGAGCAAUAUGGAUCACGAACUUAUAGAAUUCCUCCAGCGGCAUGCAAGCCAUAUUGAUAUCAGUGCCGAAACCAGUAUGCUACAUCAGGGUCCGAUACCCAACUACAACUUUGAUUGGAGCUCCAUUGGAUUGGACGAACAGGAGGAUACCGUUCGUUGGCCAAUUGCCGAAGAACCAACAUCGCAGGAGAAUCCGAAUAACUUUUUGCAAAUUAAAAUGGAACCAUAUAACGAGGAUGGAGAGGGAAACGAAAAUUUUGCUGCGGAUCAGGUACAAGACCCAGGGGUAAUUUUGCCAAUGCCAACGGCUAAUUCAUGCACUCCAUUCAUGAAUAUAAGACAGGAACCGGUUCUGGCAAUUAAAAUGGAGAUAGAUUCAAAAGACAAUGAACUACCAACUGAUGUAGAAUCUAAACCGAAUACCAAUUUUUCAAUUUUUGAUAUUCCCAAUAAUUUGUCACAUUUUCCAAAUAAGUCUGGCGAUCAAGGAACUCAGUCCACUGCUACACAAUCUGAAAUAGAUGCUAAUUUAGUUUGUAAAAUAGAAAACGAUACAACCAUGGUUGAAUUACCAACUACGUCCAAUAAUAUAGUUUGUAAAAAAGAAAACGAUACAACCAUGGUUGAAUUACCAACUACGUCCAAUAAUAUAAACGACGAGCAGCCAAAUAACACAGAUUCUGAUACGGUUAUUAAUUCAAUUUAUGAUUUAAUUGAUGAUUUAAAUUUGGAUUAUGAUGAACUACCAACUACAUCUGGUGGCACAGAAACCCAUCCAGUGGACACACAAUCAAAUAUGUAUGAUAAUAUGCCAUAUGAUUUGAUAAGUGACAUAAAUAUGGACUUCGUCACUCCAGCUAACAGAACAUAUACGGCAGCUGCAAAGCCAACACGAGGAACCGUCUACAAGGUUAGAAAGCCACGGCCGGUCAAGAGCACCAAUACGGCGCCAUCAAAUUCCAGCAUUGCCAAGAUGUUGAGGGAAGCAGCCAAGAAGGAAAAUGCAUCUGCGGCACCGCAGAGACCGAAGAAGCCCAAUGCGACGGCAACAUCUUCAGUUCCAAAUUUUCCAAACGCCCAUAAUUGGCCUGCAUGCCCACCGCUGCAGGUCGGCACUAUACCAACAGAUGAAACCAAUGACUCAAUGACGAUUCCGCAGAUUCCAACAGUGCCUGCUGCUCAAAAUCUUCCAAUACAAUCAAUCGGAAAGGUGAUUCAGCCCCGUGUCAAACGGACUUACACGAAGAAAGCCAAUAAGACCAAUAAUACAAAUAAUACAAAUAAUACAAAUAAUGCAAAUAAUACAAAUAAUACAAAUAUUACAAUACCAAAUGGACUGGUGGAGCAUACCGGAAUUAAUAUUGUGAUGCCACCGGAUCCGCUGAUAUCAAUGGUGUCUGUUCCUCGCAAUCCAAUACAAUCCAUCGGUAAAGUAAUUGAGCCUCCUCCCAAGCGAACUUACAAGAAGAGAGUCAAUAAGGCCAUGGCUACAAAUCAGUCCUCCGGAACUGAAAUUGAGAUUCCUCAAACCUCUUCCCAGGCACCUAUACCUCGUGUCAAGCGGACUUACACGAAGAGAGCCAAUAAGACCAAUAAUACAAAUAUACUUAAUGACAAUAGUUCCGGGGUCAUGGAGUCUAAUGGUGGAGAACCUACAAUACCAAAUAGUCAGCAGAUUCCAAACGCUGAUGUUGUUCCGAAUUUACCAAUACAACCGACCGACAAGCCCAAAGCUCCCAGAAAACCACGUGCUAAAAAAGUGAUCAACCAGCAACCGGGGACGGAUAUGCCCUCUGAGGUAUCGGCGCAGGGAGAAACGGCUCAAACCAAGCCGAAUGCUAAGCCAAAAGCCCCUAGGGUGCCCAAAGAACCUAAGGCGCCAAAAGUACCAAAGCCACCUAAAGAACCAAAGCCACCAAAGGAGCCAAAGCCACCUAAGGAGCCAAAGCCACCAAAGGAGCCAAAGCCACCAAAGGAGCCAAAGCCACCAAAGGAGCCAAAGCCACCUAAGGAGCCAAAGCCACCUAAGGAGCCAAAGCCACCUAAGGAGCCAAAGCCACCUAAGGAGCCAAAGACACCUAAGGAGCCAAAGCCACCUAAGGAGCCAAAGACACCUAAGGAGCCAAAGCCACCUAAGGAGCCAAAGACACCUAAGGAGCCAAAGACACCUAAGGAGCCAAAGACACCCAAACAACCAAAGGCACCUAGGGUACCGAAGGAACCUAAGACGCCAAAGGUACCCAAGGAACCUAAAGCGCCUAGGGCACCCAAGGUACCAAAAACGCCAAAGGAACCUAAAGUACCCAAGACUCCGAAGAAUCCCAAGGCACCGAAAGCACCAAUUCAACCGAAAGCAUCAACGAAUCAGACACCAAACAGCGUACAGGUACCGCUACCCAUUGAGCCCGUACCUCUAGAAACACCCACUCGCACGAAUUCUAUACUAUCAAUCGUUGCCGAAAUACUCCAACAGGGGCCGAUUACACCAAUAUCGCCAAUUAAAUCCCCAGAACUCCUUCAUCAUGCUGAUCAUACCGUAGCGAACUUCAAUAUGCCACAAUCUUCGGGGCCAACCAACUCAAGCGAGUCCAGUGUAAACGCCAUUCCACGACUUCCAACAACGGAAGGGAAACAUCCGUCGAAGGAAAGCGCAGAAAGCACAGAAAUAUCAGGUCCUUGCACAAACAGUACAGUUCGAAACACUACGAAGUCAGAUGAACAGAUUAAGCAAGGUCGCGUGUCAAAGCAUUCAUCUCGUUUUUCGCCUUCAUUACGCUGUGUAGUACGCUCUUUAUCCAGCUCAUCCUCCAGUUCAUCAUCCUCGUCAUCCUGUUCGACCUGCUCCACCUGCUCGAGCUGCUCGAGCAGCUCGAGCAGCUCGAACUCUUCACGAUCUUCACGAGCACGUAACCGGAAACGUCGAUCUCCAAAGGUUCCACUUCUCCACAAGCCAAUUAAAUCAAAUGGGGAAAUAAAUUUUCAGUUGGGCCAACCAACCCGUCUUGAAUCACCAUCCCCUCCACUACCGGACAUGCCCGUGAAUACUAGUGCCACCUUUGAAGAGCAUUUGGAAAAUGUGGCAUCGGAGCAUAAUCAUACUAGAUUGCCGAUAAGAAACCCCACAUAUGAUUUCGGGUUCAACUUGCCAGAGCCCAAAUUGUCCGAGGAGUCAUCCAGUUCUUCUGAUGAUGAAACCAAUGAGAACGGUCAGAUGACACCGAAUUCUCAAGAUCAGUUUGAGAAAAAUCGUCAAAGCGCUCUAAUGUUGUUCGGUGAGUCACGCAGUUCUUCUCCGUCGGAGAGCCGUGAUGAAACCAAUGUGAACAGUCAGAUGACACCGAAUUCUCAAAAUCAGUUUGAGAAAAAUCGUCAAAGCGCUCUAAUGUUGUUCGGUGAGUCACGCAGUUCUUCUCCGUCGGAGAGCCGUGAUGAAACCAAUGUGAACAGUCAGAUGAUACAGAAUUCUCAAGAUCAGUUUGAGAAAAAUCGUCAAAGCGCUCUUAUGUUGUUCGGUGAGUCACGCAGUUCUUCUCCGUCGGAGAGCCGUGAUGAAACCAAUGUGAACAGUCAGAUGACACCGAAUUCUCAAGAUCAGUUCGAGAAAAAUCUUCAAAGCGCUCCAAUGCUGUUCGAUAUGUCAUCCAGUUCUUCUUCGUCGGAGAGCCAUGAUGAAACCAAUGAGAACGGUCAGAUGACACCGAAUUCUCAAGAUCAGUUUGAGAAAAAUCGUCAAAGCGCUCUAAUGUUGUUCGGUGCGUCACGCAGUUCUUCUUCGUCGGAGAGCCAUGAUGAAACCAAUGAGAACGGUCAGAUGACACCGAAUUUGCAAGAUUUCGAGGAAAAUCAUCGAAGCGCUCUAAUGUUGUUCGAUGAGUUACCCAGUUCCUCUUCGUCGGAGAGCCAUGAUGAAACCAAUGAAAACUGUCAGAUGACACCGAAUUCUCAAAAUCAGUUUGAGAAAAAUCGUCAAAGCGCUCUAAUGUUGUUCGGUGAGUCACGCAGUUUUUCUCCGUCGGAGAGCCGUGAUGAAACCAAUGUGAACAGUCAGAUGACACCGAAUUCUCAAAAUCAGUUUGAGAAAAAUCGUCAAAGCGCUCUAAUGUUGUUCGGUGAGUCACGCAGUUCUUCUCCGUCGGAGAGCCGUGAUGAAACCAAUGUGAACAGUCAGAUGACACCGAAUUCUCAAGAUCAGUUCGAGAAAAAUCUUCAAAGCGCUCCAAUGCUGUUCGAUAUGUCAUCCAGUUCUUCUUCGUCGGAGAGCCAUGAUGAAACCAAUGAGAACGGUCAGAUGACACCGAAUUUGCAAGAUUUCGAGGAAAAUCAUCGAAGCGCUCUAAUGUUGUUCGAUGAGUUACCCAGUUCCUCUUCGUCGGAGAGCCAUGAUGAAACCAAUGAAAACUGUCAGAUUGCACCGAAAUCCCAAGAUCAUUUCGAGAAAGAACUUCAAAGCGCUCCCAUCAGAGAGCCCAGACCAGAUCAACCCCUAGCAGCAGCUCCCAGAUCAUCCAAUGGUGGCACAAUUGAGCCUUGUAACCUAAAAGCUUUUAAGCGUGAUUUAAUGAAUACUGGAUAUUCUGCAGAUGUGAAGCACGAUAGUGCAGAGAUCCAUGAAGCGAAGAUGGCUGGUACUAAGUGUUACAAUAAGGAGGUUUCGCCUGACCCAAGUCAAAUAAAUUUGAAGAAAUGUGCCACUAAAGUAUACACUGCAAUGGAUAGAAAUUCUGGGGCUGAAUUGCCUAUUCAGAGUCGCUAUAUAGUGCCCAAUUCUAAGCCAUCAGAAAGUAAGAUUACUGUUAAACCAGUGCUGCCAAAGCACAAGCCAUCAAGGAUCCCAAUAAGAACCAAAAAAACAGGAAAUGAUAGAAUGGAUUACCAGAGGCAGUCUUUACUGGAUCCAUUUAAAAAAUCUUUGAAUAAUUCUUAUGCUGUUACUAGCACUUCAGCAUACGAUCAAAAUGACCAGGUAGAAAAAAAUCCUGGGGCUCAAUUGACAGAACUGCCGAGAGCUCUGAAUUCAAUGAAAAAACCAGAGGAUAAUGGAUGUAAACCAAAAAAUAUCCUAAAGCCGAGUGCCCAUAUAUUUUCGAAUGCAGACGUGAACCCCCGCAGCUCUACAGAUUAUGGGCCAGCUAAGAAGGAUGUCAAAAAGUCUUGGGCACCACGUUACCAAGAACAAGAAUCGCAGGAGUUCAAGGAAAAUUCAUUGAAUGGAUUCUUUAAUGCCAAGGGUAACUUACCUGAUAUUCCUAAGAAGUCAUUCAAAGAUUCCGACUCAAAUGUUUCCAAAGCAGAUGCUGAGCGACGUUGCGCCAAAACAUUUGAACCUUUACGCAAGGACAUUGUAGGAAAAUUGAGAUACAAUAAAGUAGUCAAUAAAAGCCAGAAUAGAAAUGCAAAGAAGCAGGGCAAGGUUAAGCUAGAGCCUAAAGAAAAUACUAUCGAAGAAGAUGCAAACGAUCAGGUGGUAAAGCAAUUUCAGUUCGAGAUGCCAUCUAAUCCUGACAUCGUUGAACCAACUGUAAAACCUACAAAACCUGAAACAGCCGUGCGCGCCAGCAGUUCCAAGGCUUGCAUUUCAGACUUAAAUGCAAAUAUUCAUAAAACUAAAUCUUCCAAAAAGCUCAAAAAAUCUUCAAAGCUCUUUGAAUUCAAUCGUUCUGAAUCACAAGUAAAAAAAGGUGAAAACGAAGAAGAAGAUGUCAAGAUCGACAAUCCGAAAAUAACUGAACCAGUUAAACAUAAACGGGCUUCAAGACCCAAAACAUCCGGACGAAACAUUUCUGAGCUAGAUAUGCAGCCUAGUACUUCUAAAGCUGCUGAGACAAAAACUUCUCAACCAAAAGGUGAUCAACCAAAAACUGCUCAAUUAAAGGAAAUGCCCUCCAAAGCAGUGAACAAAAAGGUGAAAAAAUCAAAGGCAAAAAAACGUAAAAAUGAUGAUGCAAAUAAGGAUCCAAAGAGUACUGAAAUGCAUCAGUAUAAAAUUCCCAAGCUUUCCGCAAAUAAGCCACAUGUAAAAAAACAGAAUACAUCGACUACAACCGCUGCCGAAUCAAAGAGGACGAUAAGACCUAACCAUUCGGCACCGACAAGCGGAUUCUCACGAUUACCGGAGAUGUACGAGGAGCUAAACUAUCCGAAUGCUCCACAUCCCUACUCAACAAGGGGCUAUUAUCCCUAUCAUAGGGCCUAUCCAGGGCCUAUGCAUCACCCGGGCAGUCAGUAUCAUGUGAACCAACCCCCACCAAUGAGAUUGCAUCAUUCCAUGUACGUUGAUGCGGAACCGUCUUAUCAGAGUUUUUAUCAAGGGUCACGAUACCAACCAUAUGACAUUAGCCCGUCAAUGAGACACCAUUACUCCUAUCCAGGGGAGCCAUCUCCCAGAACAUAUCCGAUGGGUAUUCCCUAUCAUUACAAUAACACGCUCUACCCCCCGAUGAGAAAUGAUUUCUACUACCCAAGGGGCCGUCCGCACUUUCCUGUACGCACUUUACCACCGAUGAGUUCUCAAGGGACUUAUCCACCGAAUUAUCCAUCUUCUCGUCAAUUUUUGCAUUCAAUGCCCCCUCCUGCUGAUACACAUGAACAGAUCGCAUUGCGUUCGAUCGAAAUCGUUGGUGGUUUUAUUCAAAUGGCCUAUGCAGGUCGGAAAUACAGGACUCUUAAGGAUCUCAGGGAGCGAACAAAGUUAUCGAAAGACUGUUUGCGUAAGAUUUUAAAGCACAUGUGCAAAAUUAAGCGUCCCAAGUGGCGUAUCAGCAAGUUUUAUUUGUACGCAUUCUGGUCUGAAAUUUCGGGGGUUCCCCAAAGUUCUAAAUUUGGCAAACCGUUGAAACUAAACGCUUCCUAUCGCAAGGUAAUUAGUUGCUUUGCGGAAAGCAAGUUUCUACGCAUGGAGACUUUAAUGGAGAAAACUGGGUUUCGGAAAGGCAAACUUAAGCGAGUUCUAAAGAUGAUCGGAAGAAAGCGAUCCACGAAAUGGCGUCUGCUCGAUUAUAAGAAGCCACUUAUUCACUUGCACCGCAGUCAAGAGAAGAAGUCUUCUAUAUAAAACCUUUUACACUACAAGCUUAUGAAGAAUCUACAUUUACACAUACAAUCGCCAGACUUAAUAACAA